UCCAACUACUUGCUUACUGGGCGUACGUUUGGGGGCUGUGUGCGAACACAAGUAGUUUUAGCACAUUGGCGAGAAAUGGGAGUAGUUGGUGUUGUUGUGUUUGUGUUGACCUGAUAAAGUGUCGCACCUGCUAUUUCUCGGCGACCCAGCUUCCGAAAUCGGUCCAACUCGUGGCAUCCUGGUCCGUUUGUGGCCACUGGUGAUGGUCAUAGGCUGAUUUUCGAUGCGCCCGCGGUGCAAGAGUCGCAAAUGGCAGUAAAUUAUUAUGGGUUGUCAUGAAAGGAGAGCAGCAGCCAAGGGUAGUUCCUCUCAGGACCAUUCUGACCAAUUUCCUAAAUCACGUGGAGAAUCUCGAUCGAUGUGACGACGACAGCUACGAAAAGGAGUUUCAGAGCCUCAAGCUCUUCAGCGAGAGCAUUAAGUCCCUAGACCAAUUCUGCAGCUCCGAGGGCGAGAGGGAUGUAAACAGGAAGAAAAACCGCUACAAAGACAUCCUUCCUUUCGAUUGCUCCAGGGUUAUAUUAUCAUCUGUAGCUAGCGUGCCAGGUAGUGACUAUGUCAACGCCAACUUCAUCAAGGGGGCCAGCGGGUCCCUCGCCUACAUUGCCAGCCAAGGUCCCUUGCCCAACACCGCCAACGAUUUUUGGCGAAUGGUCAUCGAAUGUGAAGUGCAGGUCAUUGUUAUGGCUUGCAAUGAAGAGGAAUCUGGAAAGCACAAGUGUGAGAACUACUGGGUCGACCGAGAAGGAGAAGAAAAGCAGCACGGAAUGGCCAAAAUCCGGCUGCUCAAAGCAAGUGUAGUAUGCCCCGAUUUCCUUGUCCGCACAAUGCUCCUCUCAUACAAGAAAAACAACAUAAAAGUUGAGCGAACAGUUUGCCAAUUUCACUAUUCUGCGUGGCCUGACCAUGGAGUGCCACCAUUGGUUCGACCCCUCCUCGACAUGGUAAGACUCGUGAGGGACACUCAAGCCUCCGAAACCCUUCCUGUCUUGGUUCACUGCUCUGCUGGCUGCGGCAGGACAGGCACCAUUUGUGCCAUCGACUAUGUGUGGGGCCUCCUUAGGGCAGGCAAACUUACUGAGGACUUCAGCUUAUACAAACUAGUUCGGGACAUGAGAAAACAGAGGAUUGCCAUGGUUCAGACUAAGGACCAGUAUAUUCUUGUACACAAGGCAGUGAAAGAGCUGUUCCAAGAGCAGCUUAGAAUGAUUGAUGCCCAUCCAUAUGAAAACGUGGAUCUGAAUGGCAUGCCAAUUGGAAGAGAGGAGCAUCUUUACGAAAGAGUUAUAAUGAACAAUUCAAAUGAUUUGACAGUAAACAUUCCAAGCAAGCGGACAAACUUCCAGCGGGUUUACACGCCCACAGACGAAACUGCCCCACCACUUACCCUGAAAAGUGACAAGGAGGUGGAGGCCAUUAACAGCCACAAAGGAAAGGUUGGUUGGUCUGACCUGGAUGAUCUGCGGCCUGUGGACAGUGGACUGAGCGCCUCUUCCUCAACUACUGACUCCACCAGCACUCUCCAGCAAGAGUCGACUCUCAUCAUUAUUGGAGAUGAACCCAACCAGAGCAACUCAAGUCUGUCUAGUCUGCUGCACAAACCUAGGAUAGCUAAGCUGAAGGCUUUGUUUGAGCGCAGUUCUCCCCUCACACCAAAGCCUGAGGCCCCGAGAACAAAGCAACAGUUUGACAUCUUGCAGGUCACAAGGAGCCACUCAUUAGGGGCAGUUAGGAAACUUGCACAAGGAGACACACCAGUGACACUUUAUAGGAAGCUGUUUGCCAACAAUUCAAAGACUGAUAGUAAGAAAAAGGAACCAGUGCCCAUUAAGCGAAGCAAAUCGAUGAAGGUGAUCGGCGAGAAAAUUGCCAACUCAAGUAACCCAAGCAGCAGCAACGCUAACUACGCUGUUCUUAACUAUCCGGCUAAGCCUGACUUAAAGAGACAGCUGCAGUUUUUGAUUGGGGGAGACGAAGAUGAGGAUGAUGGCGCAGGGAGGGAUGUGGUUGACGCACCAAGAGAGCCCAUCAAAUCCAUUCUCAAACAACCACACCCGGAGCACCUGACACUGACGCGAAGUAAAUCGGAAAUCAUGUCGCCUCUGCGCAACAAUGAGUAUGUCAACGUCACUGAUCUAAACAACUGGCAAGGAGGGGCCAGCCACCUUAGAGUGCUUCCAAUCAAUGGACAAAAACAUCAGCACCAGGUGUCCAAUGAAUUUGAGGCCCUAUCCAUCGAGGUUCAGAGAAAAGUGAACACCAUUGUCAGUGGACUAGGAGUGCGAGAGCGGAGGAGCAGCUUCAGGAAAGCCAUCGACAAAGAGAGUCAGCCUAAAAGCUACGAGAAAAUCUGGCCUCAAAAGCUUCCCCUGCCACCAGGAGACCUCAACAACCCACAGGUCUAUGGAAAAAUUCAGACUCCGACCCCGCAGAGGAGCACCAAGAAGCCGGUCCCUGCUGCACGGAAACAACUGAGCCAGCAAGAGCAUCUUCAGCAACUCGCGAUGGCGAAGGCUCUGUCGUCGCGCCCUCCUGAUCCCAGGGCGGUGGUGGCCAGGUUGUACGGGCCACCAUCCUCAGAAUUCACGCCAUCAGACUCUGUUUACGCUCCAAUUAAUGGAAACGAUCAAAAAGAGCAACCCAUGGCACCGCCAAGGACCAAGCGUAUAGGCCAAGCGGCAGCAAACAAUACGUUAGCACAAACUAGCGGGUCAGCUCACGUGGGGAAAGACCCAAUUUACGCCAACGCCAAGCAACUGGACGCUUGGCAUGGAGCACCUGGAGUCGAUUUGGAUACGGUAGCGGCCAGCAUUGGCAGAUCUCCAAACUCCACCACUGCUCAAGAAACAUCGGCUGAUAAAGCGGCUUCAUUUUCUAAGAUGCAGAACAGAACACCGAAUUUUAGGACUAAAAUGACGCCGACGAAAGGUGAAGCUGACACGUCCCGGAUGCAUCCUAGUCCAGACUCUCGAUAUGGAGGUACACCUUCAAGUUCCACGUCUCUGUCGAGUCAAAACUACACUCCGAAAGAUCCACCUCAUCAAAGGAGGCAACAGCAAUACCUGUAACUGAGAGAAGACUUGAGCUGUAGACGGUUAGGCAGUAGGCUAAGGAACUUAAAUCCCCAAAAUCAAAUCUCUCUGACCUGCAUGCAUCCAGAAGGAGACUUCAUCACCCCCUUUGUGAUAGCCCACGUCUUUUUCUUGUUACAAUCUCCCUUCCAUGGCUCUUCCGAACUGACUGAAAUUUUUAUACAAAGUUUUUGAACGUCUUUUUUUCAGCACCGUUUGAUUUUCUGUUCUUUUGACUCUUUUUCUUAAGAUUGAUGUGAUAAGCGAUUGUGUUGGAUCAAAUAAUAUUAAUUAACUCAUCAUAUUUAGCAUUUAGAGCUAUUGCGCAGCCACACAAGAGUGACCAGGCACAUUUUUAAAAGCUUUAAAUGUUUCACUCUUCUUUGUGUGUUUAGCACAUUUUAACUCCCUGGUUAUUACUUAUAAUUCCAUGAAGUUGUGAAUAUACUUAAUAUGUAAGUGUGUUAUUUAUUAUCACUUGUGUAAGCAGAGGAUACGAUUUUCGUCACUUUUUGCUUUUGUAGAUUAAAUUUGAAGCCAACCAUUGUCUGAUGGACGUUAAUUGACUCCCAGAAUAAUUGUAUACCCUAGAAGGCCCUCCAGUUAGGAUUCGCAUAGGAUAGAUGCAAAAUGAAAAUGAAACUGCUUGUGAUCCUUUAAAAAGUAAAAGAGUAUAAUAAAUCUUGUUAUAUUGCAAGAGGAGCAUGAUUGAGUGUUAUCACAGGCAAAAACAAAAAUUGCCAAUUGUGAAUGAGUUAUAUAUGUGUCAUUUAAAGGAAGAAAUACCAUCGAGCGACGCAUAAAAUAUACAGUCGUUGUGUAAGAGUUGAUGCUGUGCAAUACUCUGCUAUAUUUUAAUAACUGUAAUUUAUUCAACGAGCUGAUGGACCUGAAUUUAAUUAAUAUUCGGAUUCUUGUCUAGAGUACACGAUAUACCUGGCUCACUAAAUUGCUGUGAAUGCGGUCGAUCAGCCCGUUGAGAGUUUGAUUAACAAUUGAAAUUACUGGAUGCAUUUUCCCACUAGGUUUGUAAUGUUUUCCUCUUUAUCUAACAAAAUAAAUUCUAUUUAAAAUUAUACAAUGAACAGAAUGUA